AUGUUGCGAAUCCAAAGUCGUUUAGAGAAAACACAAAGCUCUUCGGAUCAAGCGAAAUGCGUUCCGUUGAAAUCGGUUCGUGUCGAAGGAAAGAUUUCUUCGUUUGCCGCUGAUGUAACAAUUAAACAAAUCUUUCAUAAUGAUGAGAAAACUCAGAUUGAAGCUGUUUAUUGUUUUCCAAUUGAAGAACAAGCUGCAAUUUACAAAUUCAUUGCACAAAUUGAUGAUCGACAGAUAGAAGCUGAAUUAAAAGAAAAAAAACAAGCACAACAAGAUUACAAUAAUGCUCUUCAACAAGGACAUGGUGCAUAUCUACUCGAACAAAAUGAACAGUCACAAGAUAAUUUCAUUAUUAAUAUCGGUGCACUUUUACCUGGAAAAGAAUGUCAUAUAACAAUCUCAUAUGUUACUGAAUUAUAUCUGAUUGAUAACGGAAACAAAAUUCAUUUUGUUAUUCCAACAACAAUCGCACCACGAGACAAGCCAUCACAAGGUGGAAUUUCAUCACCAGCUCGAACAAAUUCUGAAUAUGUACAAACAACACCAUAUACAAUUGAUUUUCAAUAUGAGAAUAAAAUUGGUUAUGCUCGACAAUCAAUGGUACUUUUUCUUAAAAGUCUCCCAUUAAAUUCAUAUUUUAAUAUUAUUCGAUUUGGAUCGAGUUACAAACCAUUAUUUGAUCAAGCAACUGUUGUUUAUAAUGAAGAGAAUUCGAAAAAAGCAGAAAAGCUAGUAGAGAAUAUGCAAGCUGAUUUAGGUGGAACAGAAUUAUUAAAUCCAAUGAAAUGGCUUGAAGAACAUCCAGCACAAGAAGGUCGUUCACGACAAAUCUUUCUUUUAACUGAUGGUGAAAUUUCUAAUGUUGAUGAAGUUUUGAAUUUAUGUCGUUCAAUGUCGAAAUCAUCACGAAUAUUCUCAUUUGGUUUAGGUCAAUCACCAAGUCGUUCAUUAGUCAAAGGUUUAGCACGUUCAACGAAUGGUCGUUUUUGUUUUAUUCCACCAUCAACGAAAGUUGAUACAUAUGUUGGACAACAAUUAGAAAAAGCUCUUCAACCAUCGAUCACAAACCUUGAAAUCAAAUGGAAUUUACCCAUCGAAAUCGCGACUGCACCAAAAGUUCUCCCACCUGUUUAUGCAAAUGAUCGUUUAAUUAUUUAUGGAUUAAUCAAUGAUCCAACAAUCGUAUUUGAUCAUCAGAUUCGAAUUGAAUUAUUUAAUAAUCAACAAAAAUUAAGUGAAGCAACAAUAACUCAAAUUCCAGCGAUUAUUCAAAAUCAAACAAUAAGUCGUUUAGCUGGGAAAGCUUUGAUACUCGAAUUACAACACUCUAAAUUACCAUCAAUCCCAAAAGGAUCAAGACAAACAAGAUUUCGAGAAUUAAAUCAACAAUCAAUUGACAAACAACAAGAAGAACAGAGAGAACGUAUUAUCAAUUUAUCAUUAAAAUAUCAAAUUCUUAGUCCACAUACUUCAUUUAUUGGAAUUGAAAAACGUUUAAACGGAAAUAAUGAACAAAUGGUUUUACGCGAAGUUCCGAUUCAACUUUCAGCUGAUGAUCAACAUUUAGUUAAAAUAGCUCCAACAAACGGUGCGUUUAUGCAAUGCGCACUUCCUAUGGGUGCAUCCGUAUUCGAUGUGUUCAACAGCAGGGCUUCUUUGAAUCCUUGCUACGAUAGCACUCCUCUUCACCAUCAUUCGAUGUUAUCCCCUUGUUUUUCUUAUCCUGUUUCACAGUGUUGUGUUUCUCCUUUACUAUCUGAUGUUAGUCGGUUGCAUUACGCUAAGCGAAAAGCAUGCGCGUACGAUGAAUUUGAAAUAGACGAGAAGUCCGAAGAAAAAUUUCCAAACGAUGACGAAAACAUUAAAUCAUUGAAAAAUUAA